AUGCCCUCUGCUGAAUUUUCCAAAGCUGCUGAAGAAGUCAAGGUUCUUCCCAGCAAGCCCUCGGACGACGUCUUGUUGAAGCUCUACGGUUUGUUCAAGCAGGCAAACGUUGGCGACAACGAUACCCCCAAGCCUGGUAUGUUCGACCUCAAGGGCAAGUACAAGUGGCAAGCCUGGGAAGAUCUGAAGGGCAAGAGCCAGGAAGACGCCGAGAAGGAGUACAUUGCUUUAGUCGAGGAGCUCAAGAAGCAAUAA